UUAGUCAUAAUCACCGUCAAAAUGGCUUGUCGGUUAAUAGUCCUUAUCCUCCUAACAGCACCAGUCAUUUACUGUCACAAAGUAAUUACUAUUUUAUCGGAUUUUAAUAAUGAUAAAGACGUAGAGUUUUUUAAAACAACACUUCCGUGGAUUGUUGACAAUAUUGGUUCUGAUAUCGAUUUGAAAUUUCAUUUUAACGACAGUGGCGUAAAAUCAGGUCCGAGACAGUGCGUUCUGUUUCAAUUGUCAAGAAAUUCAUAUCUUCAAGUCGAUUACUUAAGCUGUGAAGCAAAUGGUAGUGCAUAUACUGAAUGUAUAAAACAUCUACCUAUUGAUAUACUUCGUCUACAUAGGUGCUUAAGAUCAAAUGUUAAAAGAAUUGUUAAAAAUGCUGAAAGAGAAUUUCAAAGAUUUAAAGCUAGUGUCACUCCGGUUGUAAUUCUCCCGAGGCGAAGAAUUAUAAAUGAUAACUCGCCACAAAAUAUUUUAAAAAGUAUAUGUGAUUUAUAUCCUAGGCAAUACCCUAUGCGACCAAUAGGUUGUAUUAAAACCUCUCCUCUUCCUGGUAAAAAUCAAGAAAACGAAAAAACAAAUGAAACAUCUACGCCACAGACUGAAACAACACCAAACGAAAAAAAUCAGGAAGAAAAGCCUACACCAGAAAGUGAAGCAGAACUAAAAGAAGAAAAUAGUAGGCCAGAGAGUGAAAUAAAACCAAAAGAAGAAAAGAGUGAGCCGGAGAGUAAAGAAAAACAAAAUGACGAUAAUAGUAAGCCAGAGAGUGAAACAAAACCAAAAGAGGAAAAGAGUGAACUGGAGAGUAAAGAAAAACAAAAUAACGAUAAUAAUAAACAAGAGAGUGAAGCAAAACCAAAAGAGGAAAAGAGUGACCCGAAGAGUGAAGAAAAAGAAAACAAAGAACAGAGCCAGCCAGAGAGUGAAGCAAAAUUAUAACAACCAAAGCAACAGGAUGAAUUCGAUGAAAAUAACUGAAUGAAAAAUGAACAUAAGAAUAAAAUUUUAUAAAUUUCCAUUUCUUAUAUCACAAAUGCGCCACCUCGGUAACUGAGAUGCCUCUCUACGUAAAAAUAUAUCAUAAUAAAAAUAAUAAAUAUUACAUUAUAUACGAUGUGACAAUUUAGUCAAAAUAUUUAAAAAGGACGAUUCUAAAAAUUACAAUGGUGUUUUACUGCUCAAUAAUAAAUAUACAUUUUUAGGAUAAAUGGCAAAUUUUCUUAAUGUAACUUUUGAAAGACUAAUAAUAUAAUAUACAUUUAAUUUUUUA